AUCAGAUUCUCUCUACAGAGACCUCUACAGCACUGAGGUCCAGACAUGGCACCUACAAUCACUGCAGCAAUGACCAACUCUCAGGAGCCUCACACUCUGACCCACAAGCUCAGAAAGCCUCUGGUGGAGAAGGUACGCAGAGAGCGAAUCAACAGCAGCAUUGAGCAGAUCAAGUCUCUCCUGGGUGCAGAGUUCCUCCAACAGCAGCCAGACUCCAAGCUGGAGAAAGCAGACAUCCUGGAGAUGACAGUUUGUGUCCUGAGACGACUGCAGCAGCAGAAUGAGAAGCAGAGGAGACUGCUGAACCACGUCAACAAGAUGCAGUCUUCCUCUGAUAAGAACCUGAGAGAGGCUGACUUCUCUCUGCUGAGCUCUACAGUCCAGACCAGCAUCUCCAAAGAGAAGAGUCCGGUCAACAGCGAUCCCUGGAGGCCGUGGUAGAGCCCUCCAGACUGGAGUUAAAACCAGACAAACUGAGAUGACCAUAUUGGUCAGAGAUUACUGGAAGUGAAUUCUUCUGAAUUCUGAAAUGUUAUGAACUUGUUCUUCUGUUUGUACAGAAGGUUGUUUUCCCCUUAUUAAGAUGACAUUUCCUGAGGAAAUUACAGCAAUAAUGUCUUUUAUUUUACGAAAGAGAACAUCUUCUCAUGCAUGUUGCAUGAACCAAAUCUGAUUGCAUCUGCAAUUAUUGAUAUAACUCACUGUACUUUUUGUAUUGGCAGAAUCUGUUAUAUAUGAAAUAUUUACAGAUCAUUUUUGAUUAAAAGGUUUUCCUUAAAGGUUUGCUUAAUGUACCAUUUUCCUGGUACACUAUUAAGGCAAGUGUUGUUAUGCAA